UGAAGAUCGCUCCGUUUUAUUUUCAGUCUCGACUCGAUUUUUAUUUUUAUUUAAAUUGUAGUGAAAGAAAAAAUGAUUUAUUAAUUAACUGAUUGGAAAAAAAAAAGUUUAAGCUAAAAUGAUGAAAUUGAAAAUAAAAAAAAAAUUAAAGAGUUUAAACUGAGUGAUAAAAAAAUUUAGGAAGUGGAAGAUAAGAUACCGAUUUGAUGAGCGAUUCAGUUUUUUAGUAAAAUAGGUAAGGGGAGUUGGUAUAUAUAUAUAUACACAUAUAUGUAUAAUAAUAAGUGAGAGAGUGGACGUGGGAGGGGAUGGAACGGUUGAUGAUGAUCUGGCUUUACUGGUGACUGGUGACUGGUAACUGGUGACUGGUGUAGAGCUACGGCAGUAGCUCUUGUGCAGCUGGACCAGCUGUAACGUGACAAUGCCAGUGACCGCGGGUAUGCGGGACAUCGUCGUCAGCUGAUCUAUUAAAUCUCAAUUGGAUCUGGAGAUUGCUGAGUUGGGUUUUUAUAGAGUUCGAGCUUAGAUUGGUAGCAGAGUAAUUUUUUUGUGUUUAAAAAGUUGCCCUGAGUUAGUUGGGGGCCGAUGUGAGUGCACAUGUGCGCGUGUGUGUUCGCGGGCGCGAAAAACGCAUUUAUAAUUGGUGGUAAGAGAUAAGAGGUGGGUUCGUUGUAACCAUGCCUGCUAGAAAAUACCGAAGGGAUACUAGUGAAGUGAGCUGUUGCCUCAAAUAUGUCAUCUUUGGAUUUAAUGUUUUGUUUUGGUGGCUGGGUCUGGGUAUAAUGGCAGUGGGAGUUUGGGCAUGGAAAGAAAAGGACACAUUUAGCAAUCUUUCCCGACUUACCAACAUCGCACUCGACCCGGCAUUUAUCCUCAUUCUAGUCGGUACAGUUACGUCUGUUAUUGGAUUUACGGGAUGUGUCGGUGCACUCAGGGAAAAUACUUGUCUUCUUGCAACAUACGCAAUAUUUUUGGGGACAUUAUUGCUGGUAGAAAUGACAAUCGGAGUGCUUGGAUUUAUCUUCAAAGACUGGAUAAAAUCCCAAGCGACGGGAGGCUUUCAAGCAUUCAUAAUUCACUAUAGAGAUGAUCCUGAUCAACAAAAUCUUAUUGAUUGGAUUCAAGAAGACUGGCUUCAAUGCUGCGGUAUCGAAGGACCAAAGGACUGGGAUCGCAACAACUAUUUCAACUGUUCCUCGAGUGAGAUUGGUUCGAGUGAAGCCUGCGGCGUGCCUUUUAGUUGUUGUAAGCGGGAGGCCAACGAAAUUACUAAAAAUAAACAGUGUGGAUAUAACGUGAGAAAACCAGGAAAUCCUGGAGAGAGAAGUAUAUUUGAGCGAGGUUGCUUGAGGGCAGGCGAAGAGUGGCUAGAACUGAACCUCGUACCCGUUGCCGGCACUAUCGUGAGCACUAUGGUGCUUCAGACUUCAGAUGUUUCUAUUUUUGAAAAAGGAUGCAUACAGGCUGGCGAAGAGUGGAUGGAAAAAAAUUUACUUGUUAUUGCCACUAGCGCUAUUAUAACAGCGUUUGCUCAGAUAUUGGGAAUAUGUUUUGCGCAAAAUCUACGUGCUGACAUAUUUGCACAAAAAGCAAAGUGGCACUGACAAUCAAGAGCCCCCACGGCAGUCUAGCAUCUCAUACUCCUAGAUGCUGAUCGAUCGCGUUGAACAAACUCUACCAUAUAUAUAUAUGGUUUGUGGUAUGAAGUCGCUAUUGCUACUACUAUUGCUGCUAUUACGUGAAAUAUAUAUAGAUAUAUAUAUACAUCGUAGCUACUUGAAAAAUCUACCACAAGUAAACAUCUUUAUUUGUCAACUGCACUUGUCACCAAAUCAACUCGUAACUAAAUAUUAAAUUCACAACUUUUUUUUUUUAAACCAUAAACUUUUUUCCCGCUUAUAUGAAAUGGAAAAAAAAAUUUUAAACAUUAUUGAUCGAACGAUAAUUAAAUAAUAUUUUUUAACUAUAUUUUCCGUCCAAAAUAAAAAUGAUUUUAAAUUUAUAUUUAGACAAAUAAUUUAUUAAAAAUAUUUGAACGUUUGAAGCGGAUUUGAUUGAAGUAAAUAGUAAACAGCAAAUAAAAAUUGUUUGAUCAAUAAAUUUGAAUUAAAUUGAUUUAUAAGUUUAUUGAAUGGUUGAUAAGUUUGUUUUCAGUUUUUAUAAAAUUUUUAAAAUAAAAUAUAAAAGAAGACAAAUAGAGAUGGAUGAAUUAUUUUGAUCAAUGCGACGUCGUGGGGGCGCAGCGAGAUUUUUACGGCCGGUCUCGCUGCAUUCUGUUAAAUAUUUUUUCGCGAAGCGAACAUUGGCCGCUUUUAAUAUACAGUUAAUUAACUAAUUAGUUAAUGAAUUAAUUAAUAAGUGAAUAAACAAUAAAAAAAAUAUUUUACGCUAAUUAGAGCGUUACGCUGAAGAAUUUUAAAAGACUACUGAUUUGUCAUUUUAUAAAAUAAUAAACAUUAAUUGAAUUUAUAUAUAUAUAUGUUUAACUUAUAGGGAGCGUGAUCUUCAAUCGGUGCUACAUUAUCGAUUUUUAGAAUAAAAUAAUUAUUUUUAAGCUGACAAAUAGUUACCUGCGUUAUUAUUCCCGGACAAAAUUUUUUUCUACCAAUUUCCAAAAUUUGAAAUAAAAGUAACAACCAAUACAGGCUUUUAAUACUAAUUUUCAUGCAAAUGUUCUGUUUUGCAUGAAUAUCUACUCAAAAAUCAAAAAAAAAUUCUUUCUAUUCCAUUUUUAAAAAUAUGCCUAUCUUAUACGACUUUGCAACUACUGAAAAUAAAUAUGAGUUGUGGGUACUCGUUUAAAAGAGAAUUUUUUGAUUUUUUCAACUAUCAGCUCAAAAAUCCAAAACAAUUUAAGGCUGAGUAAAUUUUAAAAAACGAGCCCAUCUUAUACAUCUUAAAAAAUAUUGAAAAGAAGUAUAGGUUGUGGGUACUCAUUUUAACGGAAAUUCGCGGCUGAUUACAAAUCUCAGCUCAAAAAUUAAAAAUCACCACUUUUGUCCAGGAAUAAUAUAGCGUGUCACUGAAUGAAUGAAAAUGUAAAUUAAUAGUUAAGCGUAGAAAAUAUUCAAUUGAUAUGAAAUUUAAUUUAUAACUAAAAAAAAGGGAAAAUUCUGAAAAAAAAACUAUAGACUAAUUACUAAUUAAUAAUUAAUAAUUAUCAAUUUAAAUUAUUAUUAAUAUCUACAGUCGACAUUAUUUUAUAAAUAAAUAUACCAAGAGAUUGUUGACUGCAGUUAUAUUUAUAAUGAAGGGUCCAUUUAUAAUAAUUUAUACAGUUUAAUUGUAAAUUCGAAUCAAUAAAAAAUAGCGGGAAUAAUUUAAAUUAUUCGCGGUCUAUUUAUUUUUAAAGUAAAUGGCUCGAGGAAUUUACUGUAUCGAGGAUUUAAUUUUAGACGAAUUGUUGAUUCGAAUUUACGAUCCGCUGUAUCAAUUUACUAAUUAAUUUAUUAAUUUAAUUGUUAUUUAAUCAAAAAUAAACUUAUGCUGCCCUCUUAAUAUUUCAUCGCAAUUCAAACGCUAACAUAUUUAUUUAUUUAGCCCGCGAUAUUGAGAUAAAGCAAUUUAUGUGUGUAAAUCAUCACGUUUAAGUUAAAAGUAUGAAAUAACAGCUGAGACGUUAAUUGUUAUAAAUAAAAUCAAUAAAAAAAAUAUAUAUAUUAAAAUAAAUAUAUUAACUGAUUAAUGAUUAAUUAAAGGAAUAAAUGUGUAGAUAAUUGCUUGGAGUAGAGAUUUUUUAAAAUCAUUUAAUAAAAUAAAAAACUCUACUGUUAAUUUAAUGUCUGAAUUAAAGUCAUUAUGCGCAUAAGUUAUGAAACUCUACCGUGAUCUAAUUGAUACUGACAAAAAAAAAAUAAAAUAAAGACAAUUGACACAUUUUUGAUGAUGAAAUUUAAAAAAAGGUUCAGUGUCACUGAUUUGUUGGAAAUUUUUGUGUUAAUUAAAUUUUUUAUUUUAAUAUGACCAUUUUAGACGGCUUUGAAAAUAUUAUACUUAAGCAGGGCUUGUUGGUAUUCGUUUGAAAGGAAAUUGUCUGCUCCAUGUGAAUAUCAACUCGGAAAACUAAAAAAUUUGAUUUAAAUCAAAGUUUUCGACAUGUGUCCAACUUAUGGGACUUGGGAAAUAUUUGAAAUAAGUAGGGCUUGUUGGUACUCAUUUUUCUGAAAAUUUUGCGCUCUACACGAAUAUCAGAUUCAAAGUCCAUUUAAUAAUAAUCGGCACCAAAUAUGACAGCAAACAGCCACAUUCGAUUUCAUAAAAAAUUCCAACAAAUUUCUCUGAACCGUAAUUUCAAGUCUUUAUUUUAUUUUUCUCUAUAAAAACGUGAUUUUAUAUUUAAUACACUUAUUAAAAUACUAAACUAAAUACGAGAAUCAGUUGUGAAGGCUGUGUUCCAAACUUGAAUUGAUUACUAUAUA